AAUAUUUUUUCCUUCCUCGAUCUGUCACGUUUUUCCAGCACAUUCCCGUUGCCGAUGUAUUUACAAGAAUUGCAGCCGAUAUUUCUGAUGUAAUACCGUGUUAUUGUGGUUGAGAGACAAAGUUGUUUCGCUCGAGAAAGUACGAUUAGUCCACCAAAUAUGCUGCAGAUACUUCGAAACCCGUCUCAAGCUUACUUCAAACAAAUAGCACGUUUCGUUCGACCGGCUUCGUGCAUGGUCGGCACGAUCGAAUACAGAACAUACAGUUCCUCGGUGCUUACUUCUCGCGCCUCUUUGGUGCGAUACGGCACCGAUGGGCUUAAGAUUUCGACACCUCAAAGCUGGAUUGUGGGGUCUAGAAAUUUCUGCAGCAAAAAUGAUCCCAGCUCCGAUGAUCCCGUCGAGCCUCCAGCAGAAUCCGUGAACUACACGAAUCAGCUUCCCGCGACUGUCGCAAUACCUGAAGUUUGGCCACACCUGCCCGUAAUAGCGACGAAACGAAAUCCCGUUUUUCCACGGUUCAUGAAAAUCCUUGAGGUUACCAAUCCUAUGUUGAUAGAUCUCAUUCGAAGGAAGGUGAAAUUGAACCAACCGUACGUUGGUAUUUUUCUGAAAAGAGACGAUGAUAACCCUAACGAAGUAAUGGAAACACCGAAAGAGGUUUAUGACAUAGGAACGUUCGCUCAAAUCCAGGAGAUGCAAGAUCUCGGGGACCGCUUGCGGCUGGUAGUAACGGCACAUCGACGCAUAAAAAUUGUAGGCCAACUGUACGAGGACCUUGAUGCACCCACUGGCGGCAAGGAAAUGACCAUAAAAUAUCCGUACUUUAACACGCAAAUCGGCGUCUCGGUAGACGAACCGGAUGCGGAAAAGCGUCGCCGAAAGCACAAACUUCGAACGAAGCAAAUGCGCAAUACCAACAACGAUCACACGACGGAAGGGGUUCCGCUGGAAGAAGCUCCCAAGCGACGGUUGCUGAAGGAUGGUGAGCAGCAGCCGCUGCUGAUGGUGGAGGUGGAAAACGUAAAGCAUGAGAGCUUCAAAAACACGGAAGAAGUGAAGGCACUUACGCAGGAAGUGAUAAAAACCAUACGGGAUAUCAUAACCAUGAAUCCAUUAUACCGCGAAAGUCUUCAGCAGAUGCUGCAUCAAAACCAGCGAGUCGUGGACAACCCGGUAUAUCUGUGUGAUUUAGGUGCAUCUUUAUCAGCCGCCGAACCAGCCGAGUUGCAGGAAAUAUUGGAAGAGAUGGAUAUACCAAAGCGUUUGAUGCUGUCCUUGUCGCUGUUGAAAAAAGAAUUAGAACUUUCCAAGCUGCAGGCAAAGAUUGGCCGCGAAGUAGAGGAAAAGGUGAAACAACAGCAUCGUAAGUACAUACUGCAGGAGCAGCUGAAAGUAAUCAAGAAGGAGCUUGGAAUCGAGAAGGAUGAUAAGGACGCGAUUGGAGAAAAGUAUCGAGAACGCAUUAAGGAAAAGGUGGUCCCGAAAGCUGUGGCGGACGUAAUUGAGGAAGAGCUUACCAAGCUAAAUUUCUUGGAGAGUCACAGCUCGGAGUUUAACGUGACGCGGAACUAUUUGGACUGGUUAACCACGCUUCCGUGGGGUGUGAUGAGCGAAGAAAAUCUGGACAUUGAUCAGGCGAGCAAAAUAUUGGACGAAGACCAUUACGGUAUGGAUGACAUCAAGAAGCGCAUUUUGGAGUUUAUAGCCGUUAGCCAGCUGAAGGGCACAACUCAGGGCAAAAUUCUUUGUUUCCACGGACCGCCCGGCGUGGGUAAGACCAGCAUUGCACGGUCGAUCGCGAAAGCGCUCAACAGAGAGUACUUCCGGUUCAGUGUGGGUGGCAUGACGGAUGUGGCAGAAAUCAAAGGUCAUCGGCGAACGUACGUUGGGGCGAUGCCGGGCAAGUUGAUACAGUGUCUGAAGAAGACCAAGACUGAAAAUCCACUUGUUUUGAUCGAUGAGGUUGAUAAGAUUGGAAGAGGUUAUCAAGGCGAUCCGAGUUCGGCACUGUUGGAGUUGCUUGAUCCAGAGCAGAACGUAAAUUUCCUGGACCAUUAUCUGGAUGUUCCAGUGGAUCUUUCCAAGGUUUUAUUCAUCUGCACGGCGAAUGUGAUCGAUACCAUCCCCGAACCGUUGCGCGAUCGUAUGGAAAUGAUUGACAUGUCGGGCUAUGUGGCGGAAGAGAAAAUGGCCAUUGCCAAACAGUACCUCAUUCCUCAAGCCAAACGUGACAGUGGCGUGGAGGACAAACACAUCACGAUUACGGACGAUGCAUUGAAUGCGCUAAUCAAGAGCUACUGUCGCGAGUCGGGUGUACGUAAUUUACAGAAACAGAUCGAAAAGAUUGUUCGAAAAGUGGCAUUCAAGGUGGUGCGAAAGGAGGCCGACUUUACGGAGGUAUCGAGUGGGAAUCUCAGCGAUUUGUUGGGCAAACCUAUUUUUACCCACGAUCGCAUGUACGACACGACUCCACCUGGUGUGGUGAUGGGCCUGGCGUGGACGGCAAUGGGUGGUUCUGCCUUAUACAUCGAAACGGCCAAGCGCAAAUUGCUGGAAGCAUCGGACGCUGGUGAUGCAAAACACAGCCCGGGUGAUGGAUCGCUGGAGCUGACUGGGCAUUUGGGUGAUGUGAUGAAGGAAUCGGCUCGCAUUUCGCUCACCGUGGCAAGGAACUUUAUCAAACAGACGGAUGCCAAUAAUAACUUUCUGGAGUCCAGUCAUAUACACCUGCACGUUCCGGAAGGUGCGACACCGAAGGAUGGACCUAGCGCGGGUGUGACGAUCGUGACCGCUUUGCUUUCGCUGGCCAAGAGUCAACCGAUCCGGCAGAAUGUGGCAAUGACUGGGGAAGUCUCACUGAUGGGCAAAGUGUUACCCGUGGGAGGAAUCAAAGAGAAAACGAUAGCAGCCAAACGGAGCGGGGUAAACUGCAUCAUUUUGCCGGAGGAGAACAAGAAAGACUUUACCGACCUGCCCAAGUUCAUAACGGAAGGGUUGGAAGUACAUUUUGCCAGCACCUACGCCGACGUUUACCGUAUUGUGUUCCCGGAGGUUUAGACUUAAUCCGUCGUUGUUAAAGUGUUACCGAUAGGCAGUAGAAUUUAUUGAUCGCGCGAGCUUGAAGCCUGAAUGAACUAUUACAUCAACCAAAAACACAAAA